AGGCAGGGCGGGGAGGGCUCGCGCGGGCUGAGGGUCCCAAGCACCGCGGGUUGCGCUGCCUGCUCCUCCUCCUCUUGAGCAGAGCCGCAUGAUGGCGGCAGCUGCGGCCGUGGUGGAGGUGAGCGUCAGCAGCACCGGGAGCAGCAGCAGCGACACGUCCAGCACCGGCGAGGAGGAGCGGAUGAGGCGCCUCUUCCAGACCUGCGAUGGCGAUGGGGACGGUUACAUCAGCAGGAAUGACUUGCUGAUGGUGUGCCGACAGUUGAAUAUGGAGGAGUCUGUUGCUGAGAUCAUGCACCAACUGGGAGCAGAUGAAAAUGGGAAAAUUUCCUUUCGGGAUUUUACUCGGUGCCGCAUGCAGCUUGUGCAAGAAAUCAGGAAAGAGGAAGUGGAACUUUCUGUGAAAUCAGAUGACUCUUGUAAAAAGAAGUUGUUAAGGUACAGAAUAGCCUCCUGGCCAACGAGCAGUGAUAACAGUUUGGGUGCCUUAUCAGGUGCUAGAGAAAGCUGGGAAUAUGAUUCUGGUGCAAGAGACCUUCAGAGUCCUGACCUGCAGAGUCAUUCUACCCUACAGAAGCUCUUGGAGUAUGGUGGCAGCACUAUGAGUCAACAAGCUGCUCUGCAGAAACUGCUAACACAGGCCUCCAAUCUUAGCAACUCAGUUGGAGGAAGCUAUUUAGAGCUUGCCAACACUGUUCCCAGCCUUGGCAAGACAAGUUUUGUAAUUUUGCUGGAGCCAAGACAGCUCCAUUUAGCAGCCCUGGCAUCACUAAAGGGAGAUAUAGUGGAGCUUAAUAAACGUCUGCAGCAAACAGAAAGGGAGCGAGACCUGCUGGAAAAAAAAUUGGCAAAGGCACAGUGUGAACAAUCUCAUCUAAUGAGAGAGCAUGAAGAUGUACAGGAGCGAACAACACUACGCUAUGAGGAACGAAUCACAGAGCUUCACAGCAUUAUCGCUGAAUUAAAUAAAAAGAUUGACCGACUACAAGGAACAACAAUAAGGGAGGAAGAUGAAUAUUCCGAACUACGAUCAGAGCUCAGCCAGAGCCAGCAUGAGGCUAAUGAAGAUUCACGCAGCAUGGACCAGGAUCAGACUUCUGUUUCAGUACCAGAGAACCAGUCCACUAUGGUCACUGCUGACAUGGAUAACUGUAGUGACUUGAACUCCGAACUGCAGAGAGUGCUGACGGGGCUGGAGAAUGUAGUCUGCGGGAGGAAGAAGAGCAGUUGCAGUUUGUCUGUAGCAGAAGUGGACAGACACAUUGAACAACUCACCACUGCCAGCGAACAUUGUGAUCUAGCUAUUAAGACAGUAGAGGAGAUUGAGGGUGUGCUGGGACGGGAUCUUUAUCCAAAUCUGUCUGAAGAGAGAUCUCGGUGGGAAAAGGAGCUGGCUGGUCUGAGGGAAGAAAAUGAGAGCCUCACUGCUAUGCUGUGCAGCAAAGAGGAGGAGCUGAACAGGACCAAGGCCACUAUGAACGCUAUCCGGGAAGAAAGGGACAGAUUGCGCAGAAGGGUUCGGGAACUACAGACACGUUUACAGAGCAUCCAGGCAACAGGUCCAUCCAGCCCAGGUCGUCUCACUUCCGCAAACCGACCCGUGAACCCCAGUACUGGAGAGCUGAGCACGAGCAGUAGUAGCAAUGACAUUCCCAUUGCCAAGAUUGCUGAACGAGUGAAGCUCUCGAAGACAAGGUCAGAGUCUUCAUCGUCUGACCGACCUGUCCUAGGAUCAGAAAUCAGCAGCAUAGGGGUGUCUAGCAGUGUGGCUGAGCACUUGGCCCAUUCUCUCCAAGACUGCUCCAACAUCCAGGAAAUCUUUCAGACACUCUAUUCACAUGGAUCUGCUAUCUCUGAAAGCAAAAUCCGAGAGUUUGAAGUGGAAACAGAGAGGUUAAAUAGCCGUAUUGAGCACUUAAAAUCCCAGAAUGACUUGUUGACAAUAACGUUGGAGGAGUGCAAGAGCAAUGCUGAGAGGAUGAGCAUGCUGGUUGGGAAAUAUGAGUCCAAUGCCACGGCACUCAGACUUGCACUGCAGUACAGUGAACAGUGCAUAGAAGCAUAUGAGCUGCUGCUGGCUUUGGCUGAAAGUGAACAGAGUCUCAUUCUUGGUCAAUUCAGAGCUGCAGGCGUCGGGUCUGUCGGGGACCAAACAGGUGAUGAGAACAUUACCCAGAUGCUCAAGAGAGCUCACGACUGCAGGAAGACAGCUGAGAAUGCAGCAAAAGCUCUGCUGAUGAAGUUAGACGGCAGCUGCGGGGGAGCCUAUGCGAUCACUGGCUGUAGUGUACAGCCCUGGGAGAGCCUGUCAUCCAACAGCCACACCAGCACUACCAGCUCAACUGCAAGUAGCUGUGAUACGGAGUUCACAAAGGAGGAUGAGCAGAGGUUGAAGGAUUACAUCCAGCAGCUGAAGAAUGACAGGGCAGCAGUCAAGCUGACCAUGUUGGAGCUGGAGAGCAUCCAUAUUGAUCCCCUUAGUUAUGAUGUCAAACCUCGUGGAGAUAACCAGAGGCUAGAUCUGGAAAAUGCAGUAUUGAUGCAGGAACUCAUGGCAAUGAAGGAGGAGAUGGCAGAGCUUAAGGCACAACUGUACUUGCUAGAGAAAGAAAAGAAAGCACUGGAGUUGAAACUUAGCACUCGAGAGGCCCAAGAACAGGCCUACCUAGUUCACAUUGAGCACCUGAAGUCUGAAGUAGAAGAGCAAAAAGAACAGAAAAUGAGAUCCCUCAGCUCCACCGGUAGUGGCAGCAAAGACAAAUUGGGCAAGGAAUGCACAGAUGGGACCCCAACACCAUUAACCCUAGCUGAGCUGAGACCAUACAACGACAGUGAACUGGCUGCAGAACUAACAAAUGCACUCAGACGAGAGAAGAAACUGAAAGGGAGAGUGCAAGAGUUAGUGAAUGCCUUAGAAAGACUCACGAAGAGCAGCGAAAUCAGACAUCAGCAGUCUGCUGAGUUUGUUAAUGACCUGAAAAGGGCAAACAGUAACCUUGUGGCAGCUUAUGAAAAAGCAAAGAAGAAGCAUCAAAACAAAUUGAAGAAACUGGAGUCACAAAUGAUGGCCAUGGUUGAGAGGCAUGAGACUCAAGUGAGGAUGCUCAAACAAAGAAUAGCAUUGCUGGAGGAGGAGAACUCAAGACCUCACACUAAUGAAACUUCGCUUUAAAAUUCUCUAUAUAUAAUGUGACAAUUAGUGCCAUUAAAAAGUUGGGGUUUUUUGACUGAUUUUAGGUAGUGAACACUAUUAAGGAUCUGAAACAUAACAGGCAUAGAUCAGCCUUGUGUGGCUUUGUCAAAUCAAGCCAGGAGAACUGGGGAGACUAUUUUAAGCUUAAGCAAAGGAUUGUUUAUUGAUGACUGCUUGAAAUGGACAGUGUCUGAAGGUAAAGUUUCCCAUCAUACCAAGGUUAUGUUCAUGGUAUAUGUAAUUAUGUACAUACACACACAUGCAGGAUUAUCUCCCAUCUUCAUCCUAAUGGGUGGGAGUCCCUCCACACUUUCAUUUUGAUCUUGAUGCAUUCCCUUGCUUUUAAUUUACUCCCAAGACAAGGCCAAAAUAGCACUCAUUCAGAUGCUUUUGUAUGUUUGUUUGGGCACAGAGUAAGCCAGUUUGAUAGAUCUCCCAGCCACCAUGUUUUCUUUGUCCUGAAAUCUUGCAGUAAGACUUGCUGUUACAGCUAUUGUAUAUGUGUAUUUGGUGAGGGGAGGUGUGCAAGAUGACAGCAUGGUUCGUACCCUGCACCAAACUUGCAGUUCUCCACACCGCACACAGUCCAACAGAUGUAGGAGGAGAACUCCUGUUAAUUCGGAGAUGUUUUACCCAGGCAGGAUUCCUGAACACAGCAACUAGAAAGCUCUUGCUGCAAGUCUACAGUUCUGCUUUAUUUCUUAUGCCCUUACAGGCUCUGUGUGGCCACAUGCUUUCUGUUUACAGUGCAGGGGGUGUGGGCCGAGAUUGGGUAGGAAGUUACAAGGAAGUUUUUGUCCUUCAUGUUCUAGGGUAGUGCUGACAGUCAAUUUAGAAAAAGUUGGAUUUAUUUUUCUAAAAUACAUUAUAGACAAGGUUUUCCUCAGAGAAGCCUCUGUCAGAUGCAGAGUAGUAUUAGACCAGCAUAACGUUCCAUUACACCUGUGUGUCACCAAGAGGCAGAAACUCUCUCUGCACUUACUAUGUAGUACAAAAAGGUACUUCUUUAUAAGGAAUGUACCUAUUCAAUAUUAAAAUAAAUGCACAUGAAUGUGCGUAUACAUGUAGAUAGAUACACACACAUACAAAAUGAGUGAGCAAAUGGCUGGCUCUUAGUACUAUGUGAGUAGAAGUUAUAUGAACACAGCCUUCUGAUGGCUGUUGUAAAAUUACAUUUAUAGGCUAUAUUUUAAUAAGUUACUGUUAUAAUGUAGGUGGACUUCUCUGUUCAAGCCAGUUGGUUUCUUAUGCCAUGCUAGCUAGCACAUGGUAAGACUGAAUGAGUCUGGUGUUUUUAGUAGAGGCUGAGUGAAGCACAGAGAUCAGGUUGCCACCUCUAGGAAGCAGAAGGUGUAGUCUCAGACAUGGCAUGCAUCCCAGCUCCUUUGGGCCUUGUUCACAGGACUUUUGUGUUUUCACUGUCACAGAGAUUAUCUGAACACUUAAAAUAAAACAACCCACCCUUAUCAGUUUAAUCAACCUAGAGUCAAUUAACUUUUUUGUCAUUACUACAGCGCUGGUAUGUUUAUUAUUGGUCAAGCUUGAGGUGCUUUCCUUGGCAAAUGGAUUUACAAAAGUCUGCUGUCAUUCCCACCUGUCACACAGGAAUUUGUUGUGUUUUGGGACUUGUCUUGAGUUUCCUAGACCUGUUUAGAUUGAUGUGAAUUUCUCUCUAAAGGCUUGUUUAGCUUUAAAAGUAUUUCCAGAGAGCUGUGGCUAUGGUUCUCUAUGCUGAGUAACCCUUUGCUAGAUUAAGCCUUUAGCCUUCCUGGCUGGAUCAUGCUUUGCUGCUUCUAGAUGUUAAGCAGGGACAAUGAGGGGAUUUACUUUCAGCUUUUUAGGGAGCAGGUCAAAAACAGCCUUAGCUGAGAUUUAAAUGGCAGUGGUUCUUAAUGCUGGUUUCUAAUGCUCUCCUUCCUUUUGGCAACUGUUGUUCUCUUUCCUUAAAAGUAGUGAAGGUUGAGUAGCAAAUCUGAGACAACAUAAGCUGCAACAAUGCCAAACCCAGUCUCCUGCGUACACCAGUAUAAAUGAAAAAGACAGCAUUACUUACAAACGAAGGGCCACCUCGUAGAGCCCUGCUACCUGACUUGAAACUACAGGGACCCAACUACAUGUGUUGGGUCUGGGUCAGGUGGGAAAGCAAGCGGCCCCUUAGGGGGUUAGGGUGGGAGUGGCUGCGUGCUCCACCAUGCUGCACUGCAUGUAUUGUAGAGUGUCUGUGCUGAGGAGCUGCAGAUUCUCACUCCACAGUACAUACAGCGCAGCAGGGAGGAGUGGAUAUUAAGACCAGUGCAUGAUGCCCUCCCUGAACAAACCCUGAGGCAGAAGGAGAGCUGGGAGGGGUGUGGGUCUGAAAACAACUCGAUCCUCUCAGGACUGAUCUGUCAGGCUUAAACGUUAGGCCCAAGCCAACCUGUACCACCUUUUAGUUUGGGUGGGGCCACUCCCCUUUACCUACAGAACUGUAUAAUCUCCCACUUUGAACUGCAAAUCCCAUCCUCUAAGCAAUAUUCAUAUUGAUUUUCCAAUGUCUGAGUGCAGUUCUGUCCAUAGAAUUGUUUUGCUAAGCUAGAACUGUCCUUCACUGCAGCAGAAAGUUUUUUUUGGGGGGGGGCAAGAUCCAUGUUAAAAAAAAUUUUAUUUUGCCCACAAAUGUCCUCAACAGUGGACAUUUUUCCUGACUGAAUGAAGAGGGCUUGAAAGGAAGAACCCGUCUUUAAAAUGAGGCAGAAAAAGCUGUGUAAGUAGUUUCUAUAUUUUGGGUCCAGCACCCCAUUCACUAAAAUAAGUGAGUUUUGUCAUGGGCCUUUAGUUGAAGCAGGAUCAGACUACGUGCCUCUGUUUAUCAUUGGGAAAACUUUUCUGGUGCUAAAAGACUGUGUGCACAACCCUACACAGUAUGAGAGAUGCACUAAGCCAGUUCCCACAGGUUCAAGGACUCAAGUCAUCAACCUUGUUACCUCCUUGAGAUCAGCCCUACAUUAACUGUGACCUAAGGACUUGACUUGAACACUGCUGCUUAAGUCUAGAUGUAAGUGGCUAGAUAAUGGGUGCAAAGUUCACAUUAGCUUUAGCAGGAGUUUUGGAUAAGUAAAGGCUGCAGCUGCUUGCUUGUACUAAAUGCCCCAAGCAUUUGCUUUCCCAUUUAUAAUAUGCAGCCAAAACUUUGGGCUGGGGCAGUUUGGAUUAUAUACCUAACACCAGUUAGGCUCCUUGCUAACCCAGUUUGUUUAACAAAAUUCUGAGUAAGCUAAAGCAAUCUCCAUGCUGGAAACAUGUAUUUGUGCAGGAGGCACCCACUACUUGACCAGCACUGAGAGCUGACUUUGAAAUAGAUAAAAAAACCAAAACCAACAGGCAUAUGGUUCAGGGCUACAAAAGGGACACAGUGACAUGGUUCACAGUUCCUGGUUCCUUUGUAAUUUGUGUGAGGGAAGAAAGCAAGUUACUGUUCUCUUUAUUCCUGCUACUGGGGUUCAGCAUUAGAUCCCUGACCUCCUCACCAUGGUAUCUGAGUGCCUUCCAUUAAGCAAAGUUACUAAGAUCUGUCACUGGUGGUUAGUUCUCUCUCAAGGGAGUGCUUUUAAGUUGUUUAAAUGAAAAUGCUGCCCUGUUUAUAUAUUAGAAAAGGCAAGGGUGAGGUGUGAUGUGCUUAACUCCUUCAGGAAUGUGUUGCAGAAUUGGGUAGGCUCCCUAGAACCCAUGGCUGUGGCUUUAGCCUUAAAAUAGAAAUGGCCCCUGUGCUCCUGCAGCCAAGUUGUUGACCACAGUCUUGAGCCGACAAGGACAGAUCCUGAUGUAAUAUUCUGUGGGAAAUCACUGUGGAGACUCAGCAAUAACAAAUCUAGAACAAGCACCUGAGACAGCUGAAAUUCUUCCACAUAUAGGUUUGGCUACCCCACGUUGCUGGAUUGUUUUUCCUAGUAUCAGUUUUAGGAGGCAUGUUCACAGCUGUACAACAUAUAACAAUUGCUGAUAGUGUCUCUUACUAAGUUGAAAAGCAAGGGAUUUUAGGUUGUUUUUUUCCUUCAAUAAGCGUGAAAGGGGUUUCUGUUUAAUAGAGGGUUUACUGUUUUGAAUUAAGUAGAAGUUUUUAUAUCACUUCAAAUCUAGGCUUUGCCUUCUCAAUCCAAAAUAGAGCUGAGCAGAACCUGUCCUGUAUAUAGAUGAUUUCAUUAGGCAGGAAUAUUGAGCCAGCACCUUACUCAGAUUUCUAAGGGAUGAGGAAUGAUGUACAAGUUUUCUAUUACAUAUUAUUUUGUGAUAGUGCCAAUUCUAACCUACCUUUUAAGUUUGUUUUUAGCAGAUCUGUUUUAUUUCAAAUACAUUUUAAGAACGCUGUAAAGGUGUAAGUUUACAGGAAAUAAUCAUAUCAAGGUGAUUAAAGGUAACCUACCCAACAUUUCUUCCAUGAUGUUGAUGAGCAAGACCCUAUUUGCUUUGUCACAGCCUCUCCUAUGGAGUCUUCAACGGUUAAAAGGGAGAUGUGGGUACCUACAAAGUACUGCUUAAUUUGUUAGUAUAUUAGAAAUGGGAGUGGGGAAUAGGACCAAUGGGAAAUAGUGGUGAAAUAGCUUAACACCAAUCAAGAAUGUGUGUUAUAUGUUUUAGUGCUUCUUGUAAUAGGUUAAAAGUAGCCGUAGCCCUAGUGUACCAGUUACAAAAGUGACCACCUUAAAACAGUAAAUUCCAAAAACUAAUAGUGUACAACUGUUUGAAACACCAGCUCGAAGUAUUAUGUAGUCUAUCUAAACUGACAAGUGUGCAUUCUAACUUCUUCAGAAGUAACUUACAUCAACUGUAGACACUGCAACCCAACUCCCACAAAACAACUCAUUUGAGUUCAAUAGCUGAGUUAGGUUCUAUUUAUAAGAACCUAGUCAAUUCUCCUCCAGUCUCUUAACAGACAAGUGCAACAGUGUAUUAAUUUGUAUCUUGUUCUAAUGACUUUUAAAAAUUGUCUGAGUGUCAAAUAGUGCAUGAAAUUUUAUAUUUCAUAUUGUUCUGAAAAAGUACUUUUCUAAUUAAAAAGGUUUACACCAGCUUGAAUGUAUUGUUAGUUAUUACAAAGCACAUGUGACUAAGUUUGCAUUAAUCUCAGUAUUCCACUGUUUAUAUGGGAAGUUUUUCAUUUAAAAAUGUCACUGAACAUUGUACUAUAUGUUGUAAUUUUAGAGACUUUUCACCUAAUUGAUUUGCUUUAAAUGUGUUCUGCUUUUUUAGUUCCUUAGCUGCUGUAAAAUAGUUAUUUUGUUUAUUUGAUAUAGAAUUGUAAAAACAGCAUUUAUUUAUACAGAGACAUUUAUAAUACUUUUUAUUUUACAAAUGUUCCUAUAUUCUGAAUAAAUAUUUCUAAUGCUAAAGUAUGUGUUUCACUUGUUAGCUUCAGUCCCAUAACUAGUUACAUACACUCUAAAAAACUUAAGCCUUCAAUACAUGGUUGAUAGGUGGUACAGACUAAACGAACCUACCUCUUUUGACAACACUGUGAAAAAAAAUCUUAAUGUCCUUAAAUGUCAGUCCUAAGAUUAAAGUGGAGUUGUUCUGUUUUUCUAGUAGAAAAACAGAAGUUUUACCAUGUUUCCAUUCCCCCAUACUUUGGAAUUCUUUUAAAAAAAAAAAGCUGGGACAGCUUCCCAGGACUGUAUUAAAAACUUAAAAGUAAGUCUGCAGCUACCUCAUUCUCCUUUAAAACUCCUCUUCAAAUUUAAUAUGAAAGUAUACAUUAAAAGGCAAACAUUUUUAAAUGGAAGGAGACAGUUGCACACGUUUGAUUCUUUUAAUGACAAAUCACUCCAUUUCACAAAUACUUUAAAAGCGCGGAUCGGGGUUUGACAGUAAAUCCUCUCAUCUAAUGUUCCAAACCUAUAUC